AUGAAUAUAGAAAAAGAAGAAGAAAAUUGCUUUGUGGUUGAUUAUGAUAUUGUUAAAUAUAAAGAUAAAAAUGUUGGAAAGGAUGAAAAUGUUGAAGAUCUUGAAGAUUAUGAAAAAAUAAUCAGGAUAUAUUCUGUGAUUGAUGGAUCUUUAAUUACUUAUAAUAUGAGACUUGAAAAUGAACCAAAUUUAUUAAUUGAAAAGUUUAUCACUCAUAUAUUAAAUUUAGUACAAGAGACAUGGAUUGGAUAUGAAAACUUUAGUCUGUUAGUAGGAAAUAUUAAAGCUUUAUUUACAUGUAGUGUAGCAAGAAAAGAAAUGGAUUCAUUUAUUUCUCAGUUUGAGAAUGAAAUUAGUUAA